UAUAUCCAAAUCUCAUUAAUUCAUUACCUCCUCCUCCUCCUCCUUCUUCUUCAGUACACAAAAAUCCAGCUAGCUACUUAGCUUCCAUGGCAGAUCACAAGCCAAGCCAAAUCACACCAGCUUCUCCCAGCGAAUCUCCCCCAAAAAACCCUCCAAAAACAUUCAUUUUCGACAUAGAAUCACACCAAGAAAACCUCCACGAUGAUCACCAGAAAGAUGAGGUUGAAGUGGUUGAUUAUGCCCAAAGAGCUCAAUGGCUUCGAGCCGCCGUCCUCGGAGCCAACGACGGUUUGCUCUCGACGGCUUCACUCAUGAUGGGUGUUGGAGCCGUUAGGAAGGACGUCAAGACGAUGAUCCUCACCGGAGUUGCCGGCAUGGUCGCCGGAGCCUGUAGCAUGGCAAUAGGGGAGUUUGUGUCGGUGUACUCACAGUAUGACAUCGAGGUAGCUCAGUUGAAGAGGGAAGGCAAAGAGAUAAACAAAGCCGAGUUGCCGAACCCGUUUUACGCGGCAGUAGCCUCCGCAGUGGCCUUUGCCGUGGGAGCGGUGGUGCCGCUUCUCGGGGCGGCUUUCGUUAAAGAUUACAAGGUGAGGUUAGGGGUGGUGGUGGCCGUUGUGAGCCUUGCCUUGCUGGUAUUCGGAGUUCUGAGUGCAGUUUUUGGGAAAGCUCCGAUGGUAAAGUCAUCUUUGAGGGUUUUAUUUGGAGGUUGGGUGGCCAUGGCAAUCACUUUUGGCUUAACAAAGUCUGUGGGUUCCAUGGGGCUUUGAUCACAUAUAUCUUAUUUUCAAUAUUGUUUUAAAAAGCUUUUAAUUUUUCUUGUUCAAGUUAAAAAGUAACUACAACCUAUAUAUAUAUGAUGUAAUUUUAAUUAGGUUGAUGGUUUCACUAAAAUGAUCAGAUAAAAAUUGUAUUUUAAUUUUCAUUCCUUCUCUAUUUGCUGUUAUUUUAGGGUUUCACAGAUUCUGAAAUUCCAUAGUAUAUGCUUGAUCUUUAAUUUUAAUGCCAAGUUUUUUUCACAGGCCCA